AUGAUGGUCAUUGACCAGAUCACUCCGUUCUACUUUCUGCGGUGCUGCUCGGGGGCUCAGGGAAAAUUCGCCUACAAGCUGCUCCAUGACUUGUUUGCCAACUACUCCAACGCUCUGCGGCCGGUGGAGGACACGGACCGGGCGCUGAACGUGACCCUGCAGAUCACCCUGUCCCAGAUCAUCGACAGCGUGGUGAUCCGCUACGACGGGCAGGUGAUGUGGGACUCCCCUGCCAUCACCAAGAGCUCCUGCAAGGUGGACGUCUCCUAUUUCCCCUUCGACGGGCAGCAGUGCCGACUGACCUUCGGCUCGUGGACCUACAACGGCAACCAGAUCGACCUCCUGAAUGGGCUGGAUACGGGCGACCUGACGGACUUUGUGGACAACGUGGAGUGGGAGGUGCUGGGCAUGCCGGCCAAGAGGAACGUCAUCAUCUAUGGCUGCUGCUCCGAGCCCUACCCUGACAUCACCUACACGCUGCUCCUCAAGCGACGCGCCUCCUUCUACAUCUUCAACCUGCUCCUGCCCUGCAUCAUGAUCUCCUUCCUGGCCCCGCUGGGCUUCUACCUCCCAGCCGACUCCGGGGAGAAGGUCUCCUUGGGGGUGACGGUCCUGCUGGCACUCACCGUCUUCCAGCUGCUGGUGGCAGAGAGCAUGCCGCCCUCCGAGAACGUGCCGCUGAUCGGGAAGUAUUACAUCGCCACCAUGACCAUGAUCACGGCCUCCACCGCGCUGACCAUAUUCAUCAUGAACAUUCACCACUGCGGCCCAGGAGCCAAGCCCGUGCCCAAGUGGGCCAAGAAGUUCAUCCUGCAGUACAUGGCCCGGCUAUUCUUUGUCUACGAGGUGGGGGAGAGCUGCAAAAGUCCCAAACGGCAACUGGGCCACCUGCCCACGGUCCAGGUGGUGAGCGGCAGGGCCGCCAAGGAGGAGCAGAAAGCCCAGACAACGGAGGAGGACUCGGACGCGACGUGCCGGGAGAAGUCUCCGCAGCAGGAGUUGCUGCCGCAGAAAUUCAGCAGUCCCUCUGGCCAGCAGGACUGGAAAGAGACCGGGACACGUACGAACCUAGAGUGCGGCCGGGAGGGGCAGCAGCACCAAGUCUGUGGGAAGAGCCCGUGCCUUUGCCACCACAACAGCCUGAUGAGGAACGUCGAGUACAUCGCCAACUGCUUCCGGGACCAAAAGGCGGCUCAGAAACGGAGCGGUGAGUGGAAGAAAGUGGCCAAGGUCAUGGAUCGCAUCUUCAUGUGGAUCUUCUUUAUUAUGGUCUUCUUCAUGAGCAUGCUCAUCAUGGCCAAAGCCAUCUGAAGAGCCCUCGGCACGCAACGCCCGCUAGUUAGCUAGAACCUUUCCUCUCGCCCUGUUGGAGCUGUGGGUGCACACGGCUGGGUGGCCUGGGACGGUCCAUCCUGGCGCUGCUGUGGAAACUGUUGCAUGUGAGGUCUCACUAAUAGCAUGUUCUCCUAGUUCCGUAGAGAUCUAUUCUUUGGCAAUCCUAGAACCCGUUUUCCCCCACGAGGGCGGCACAUGUUACUGCUGCAGCCCCGUAGCUGGUUUGAAACGAUCACCACCCCGUGGAGCACCAGGGAGCUAAA